UUUUAAUGGAGAUUUACAGGUAAAUAAUCAAAAGGUCUUUAUGCUGAUCCAUGUCAUGUGACUAUCGGUAUACAGUGGUAAAAAGCCUAAUAUUUCGAGGCUGAUUCCUAUGUGAAAUUGCGACAACUAGGCAACGACAAUUGUUAUUACCCAAAGUGUGGCAUCCGUGUGUGAAGUGUGACAACUCCAUGCAGUGUGACAACUAUAAAUAAAGUGUGACAAUACAUGUGAAUCGUUAACAGAUAUUUUACAUUUGCCAUGGCUUCUGCCGGGGGAGAGGAGCAGUAUGAUUUUAUUUGGAAAGUUGUGUUGGUGGGUGACUCAGGGGUGGGGAAGACAAACCUGCUAUCCCGGUUCACCCGUAACGAGUUUAACAUGGAGAGCAAGAGCACAAUAGGGGUUGAGUUUGCCACGAGGAACAUGCAGAUUAAGGGUAAGACGGUGCGAGCCCAAAUCUGGGAUACCGCCGGGCAGGAGAGAUACCGUGCAAUCACCAGUGUGUAUUAUCGAGGGGCAGUUGGUGCUCUGGUUGUGUAUGAUAUAAGCAAGGCGUCGUCGUUUGAGAACCUGGACAAAUGGCUCGGUGAAUUGAGCGAGCAUGCUGAUCCCUUCUGCUGUAUCAUGAUCGUAGGAAACAAAGUGGAUCUUAAACAUCUAAGGGCAAUAACUGCUGAUGCGGGCAGGUCCCUUGCAGAGAAGCACAACUACUCAUUCAUCGAAACCUCCGCACUGGACAACACAAAUGUCGGAGAAGCAUUCAACAAUUUGUUAGUUGAUAUUUUCAAGCUACAAGUGGAUGCCCCGCCCCCAAACCGGGGGGAAACAACAAAGCUUGGAAAUCAGGAAGUAAAACAGAUGGAACAAGUUUCAGACUGUCCCUGUUAACAGCUGGAUGUACACUUACCCCCUUCAUCGUGUGGACUUGUAAUUGAGUGUGGAGGUGGGUUUGGGAAGGGGGUUGGUGUGGAAAUUGAGCUGGGUGGGGUGGUAAAGGAAGGUGAAAUGAUCAUCCAAUAAAAAUCUGUUCAAAUAAUUCAUUUUUAUGUCUUUAUAAUCAGCAGAACCUUGCACUGUAUUGUGAAAAUAAUAUUAAGUGUACCCUUAUAUUUAUGCUUCAUAAGAUUCAUUUUCUCUCUCAGAACAUAUUUUUGUCUUUUGUUUAAAUAAAUAACCUGGCAAUGAAAUACAAAAGUUGAAGCUCUAAUUUGUUCUCAUUAACAAGAAAAUAAACACAUUAGCAGUGACUGUUAUGCAUUUAUAUUAUUUUACAGUGAUUAUUUAUAGUAACACACUCAACUUUAUAAUGUUUUUAAUAGCGUAAAUGGGCAGAAUUAUCAGAAUUGAAAUUUCUUUCUUAUAGAAGUAAACUAACUGGAAAAGAAACUUGAAUUGCCAUAGUGAUCGUAAUAAUGAGUUUUUCACAUAUAUUAAACAAUUGAUAUGAUUACGACUGCCCUGGAUAAUUAUCUAUUUUGUUGAACGAAAGAAAAUAUUGAAAUCCAUUUCCAUGUGUAUAUGUUUUUGUUUUGGCUUAUCAUGUGACAAAUAAAACUCUAUUAGUUCAACAAGUCCAAUUAUAAUACAUAUUUGUAUCCGGCUGUUUUGGCGUCGUGAUAAUUUUACGUUGAUUAAUAUUACUGACCCCUAUUUCUUGAAAAUUCUUUAAAGGAUUAAGAUUCUCAUUUUAUGCAGCCAAAUUACUGCCUUUUACUAAAGUUUACCUAUCAAAAAGUAUGUAAUUAUUAUCUUUCAAAUAAUUUUCUUCGAAAGUCUCAAAACUCUUCAUAAUGAGAAAAUUACACAAAUUUAAUUAAAACAAAAUAAUGAGCUUAGUGUGAUCCUGUUAAUGCAUACCUGGUAGCAGCUUUGUAUAGAAUAAGUAGAGAAUAGCCAGUUUUUUUAUGUUUUAGUUUUUAAACAUGUGACAUCUUCAGCUAAAAUUAUUUAUGUGAAGGAAUAAGCGACUAUUGAAUUCCAUUUAACACAGGCAAUAACAGAUAUUUAUUUUAUAUUUUUGAAAUUAAUCUCUCUUUCAAUUUAAUACAUUCUAUCAUAUGUUUCUUUACUAAUCCUUUACGUGGCUACAUUCCAUAUUUUGUCGUGAACAGGACACAUUUUUUGCAGACAAGUCAUAAUUAUUACAUAUGUCUGUGGUGCAUUUCUAUUUGAUUGAAACAGCAUUAUAACUGCCUUUAUGCAAAAGCAAUAAUAGUGGCCGUAAGGGGUAUAUUUAAAGCAUCAGAAAAGUAUGUUUUGUAUGGUUUUGUUUUUAAUGAUUUUAUGUCCCCUCUUGAUAAAUUGUUUUUACACUCCUAUUGAAAACAAGAUUUAUCCGUCAAGCAAAACAUGUCACUUAAUUUGGUUUGUUUAUGGUAUUUUUUUAAUGUGUUUUUUUUAGAUAUUUUUCAUUUCAUAUUGUCAUAUUCAUUGUAUUAAGAUAGACAAGAAUUUCAAAACGUAAUGAAGGUCUGUUAUCAUCAGUCAAAUUUUACUAUUGUUUGUUAUCUUGUGUUUGUGGAAAAGAAGAUCUUCUAAGGGAGUUUGUCAUUUAGAACAAUUGUCAUAUUAAAGCUUUUUAAACCUGGUAAAUAUAUCCCAUUUUCUACUCAUUGUCAUAUGGUCUAGAUACAUGUAGUUAUCUCACCACUCAUUUUAUUUAUUAUAUAUUUUAUUAAAAAUGAUUGCUCACUUAUUCUUGUUGCAUUACAAUGACCUUGAAUUGUUCUGACCUAAUGACCUUGAAUUGUUCUGACCUAAUGACCUUGAAUUGUUUUGACCAACCAGGGGUCAAAUAGAUCAGGAUAUAUCCUGAAAGCAGGAUUGAGAACAUUUGACUUCAGACUGUUGUAUAGGUGAAAUACUGUGUUUUGCUUGGUAUUAUGCAUCAGAAAUGGUAAGAAGUUCCUUGAUUCUUGAAUUUAACUUCAAUGACUUAAAUAAUAAAAUUAUUUCAAAAGGCCUCUUAGCCUUGAUCCUGCUUUCUGCAGCUCUGUAAACCGCCCAGGUAUUUUUCGGUAGAAUUGACAAUAAUAAGCUGUUUAAACCUCUGGGCCCAAUUUCUCGAAACUUCUUAAGCUUAACAGGCUUAAGUAGAUUAUUUCAAGUAGCCAAAAUACAUACUGAAAUUAAAUUAUGAUAAAUGAAAAAUGGUUUAUUGUGAUUAUCAUAAAAAUAAUUCCUAUCUAAAGUAUAAAAACUCUUAAAGAAGUCAAUCUUACGCAAUUUAUUGAAAACCAAAAAUAAUGAUAUUAGCUAAAUCCUGUUAUAAGGGACUUAAGAAGUUUCGAGAAAUUGGGGCCUGAUUAUUGGUGUAGGAUAAGAAAGUUAGAGAAAUUGGGCCUGAUUAUUGGUGUAGGAUAUCGCUUCAUCAUGUUUGUUAUUUGCACGGUGCUAGAACAUUCCACUUUUUUAUCUAGUAUUUAUUUAUUCCUUAUACUUUCAAGCAUUUGGAUAUGAAAGCUAUGAGUUUUAUUUUUAUCCAAUAAUUUACCCUCAUCCAUCUAUGAUUCGUACAAAGAUGACGGCAUAGCACUUUGAAUGUUUCUCGAAAAGAUUUGUUGACCCAAGCUGGACCAAUGCAAUGCAAUUAGCCUUGAUUGUCUCUGGUAAAAGAGACUGUUCCUUCUAAGUUGAGUAACGUUUUACAUGUCAUUUAUCUUUGUAACAACAACUGUUUGCGUUUCAAAUGAGAUUUGUUCAUUGUCUGCUGGUGACGGUAAAUUUUCCCUAUGAGGCUGUCAAAGUCAUUUUAUGAGGGGGUCAAGCCAUAAUGCAGCCAAUGGACCCCAGCAUACCUUACAAGGUCUUAAACUGACAACAAAAAAGGAGAAAGCAUUUGAUCUUUGGAAUAAAUCCUUUUCGGGAGUUGGGAGACUUGCUACUUAAUCUGACAGUUACUUGUGUUAUUCAUAACAUUAAUCUGAUCUUUGCCAUAUGCAUAUCAUUUUGCAGUACUGUUGUGAUGUCAUUCUGCAUUAAUGUGAUACAGUGUGAUAUCAAUUUGUAUAAAUGUGAUAUGGUGUGAUAUCAUUCUGCAGUAAUUUGAUGCAGUGUGAUAUCAUUCUGCAGUAAUGUGAUAUGGUGUCAUGACAUUCUGCAGUAAUGUGAUGUGGUGUCAUGUCAUUCUGCAGUAAUGUGAUAUGGUGUUGUAUCAUAUGCAGUAAUAUGAUAUGGGGUCAUGGGGUCAUGACAUUCUGCAGUAAUGUGAUGUGGUGCCAUGUCAUUCAGCAGUAAUGUGAUAUAGUGUGAUAUCAUUCUGCAGUAAUGUGAUAUGGUGUCAUGUCAUUCUGAAGUAAUGUGAUGUGGUGUCAUGUCAUUCAGCAGUAAUGUGAUAUAGUGUGAUAUCAUUCUGCAGUAAUGUGAUAUGGUGUCGUAUCAUUAUGCAGUAAUUUGAUAUAGUGUCAUAUCAUAAGAUAUUUCACUUUCUAGCUGCUUGAUUUUGACAAUAUUAUGCAAUUAAGCUAGGUGUUUUUUUAUAUCAUAUGUUAUUAAUUUUGUAUGUAGUUUAAUAUAAAAUGAAAUACAUAAGAUAAUAUAUUUUUUUCCUGUUGCCUUCAUUGUUAUAAACCCUAGAUCUGAUUUGCCUAAAUAUGCACUUUUACUAUUUCUUACAUUACAAUGAAGAUGAAAGAUCAGUGUUUAACGUGUGUUUGCUAUUGUUGUGACAAUGAUUUAUUUUGGUAUCUUUGUAUAUACAUGACGUAUUAAGUAAUGUGGUAUAGGAGAAUUGUUAUACAAGUACAUAAAGGCUUGAUAUAAAGGCACAAUUUAUUUGUAUUGUUUAACCAGCAACAUUAUUCAAAUGUAGAAUUUAUAUUUGUUAAAGAUUAAUCAUUGAAUAUUAUGUAUGUGCAUUUUAACUCUUAUAUAUCAAGAAUAAAUGCUAAGCCAAUGUGAAAUUGAAAAAAAACAAGAGGCCAUAUAUAAGAACUUAAUUACAAGGCUUCUGGUUAUGUUGGCCAUCUUGGAUUUUGGCAGCCAUUUUGGAUGGAUCCUGAGUAGAUCCUGUCUUUUUUCAACCAUAUUCACAUUUUCCGCAAUUUUUUCAAGUUUCUUAAUUUUAACCAAAAGUGCACAAUGUUUUCACUCUAUGACAGGACUAGUUAUAGGAAGCUAAAAACUGGCUAAAACUUCCAAAAUUAAUUCUUCCAAAAUUUUGGAGAAAACUUCCAAACGAACGCUCACGGCUUAAAAGUUGAAAAAGCAAUGUUACUUUUAUGGUCAUAUUUUUAAUCAGUCUUAAGUAAAAUGAAUUAUUUUAAUAUAAAUUUUCAAAUUUGGCGAGUUAUUGUUGUGAAUUUUAAUGAAGUUGGAAAACGAUAGAAUAAAUUAAAGUGUUUGAGAGACUUAAACUCCCACAUUUAGGUGGAAAAAGUUUAUUGUAAAAAAGUUACAUCCAGUUUCAAUUUUUUAUUCUUUCAGGCAUUAAAUAGCAUGAGUGAUACAAAAAAUAAAGAGAUGAAGGCAGUAUUGCAUAAUUUGACAUGCUCAGUAAUCUCUAUGCAGUUUUCUUAUAAGUCUUGUUUACAUAGACAAACAUGAGCAAAGGAACAUAAGCUGAUCUUCUACUUUGUUUAUCAUAUCUCUUUGUUGGCCAUGACUCUACUUUCUUUUUUUCACAUAAUUAUUUUCAUAUAUUAUGAAUUAUAAAAGAGCACCUCCUAAAAGCAACCUUAGUGGUAGAUUUAUGCAGGUAUCUGCUGAAUCAAGGAGGCGGCCUCGGGGAGGGAUGGUGUUGUGAAAUACUAUUAUUUUUGUAGGCUAAAGAGUCAACAACCAUUAGUGUUCAGGUUAUGACUUUGACAUUCCCCUAAGUUCAUUUAAUCCAUGGUGACAUCAUCAGCUAAACUGAUUCUUGUGUAGGAAAAUGUGAUGUUUACAUUUUUGCAAGAUAACGUACCGAUUGUUCAAAACUUUGUUAAAUUUAACAACAUUGUUAACACCAUUAAAUUUCAAAUCUUUACUGCUAUUCAAGUUUAAUGGAUACACUUUUGAUACGCAGUUUUUGUAACAAGAUUAUAUAAUUCAGUUUCAGCUGUGCAUGUACUUCUUCUAUAUAAAUAUGUGAGUUCAUCAUGAAAUAGUUCAAAUUUUAAAGUCGUUAAUCUGGUUGUUAACUUUAACACAGUUCUUAACAAAUGGCCCAUCGUGUCUCAUAAGCAAACAACUCGCUAUUUUACCUUUUUAUUAGUUAAUCUAAUUCUAUUUUACACAUUGUGAAUAAUACGUUUGUUUUGUAAUCAUAUAACUCUUUCAAAAUAACUUUUUUUCAUAAACAUGAUAACUUUCAAGGCUCAUUUAUGGAGACGACUUCAUAUAUCUUGUAAUACGCUCAAGUGCUUAUCCAUAAAAAAGGGAAUGCACAAAAUUAGGCUUACCAAGAACAUUUUUGCUGACUGGUUGCUUUGUUUUUAAUACUUUGUUAGCACAUCAUGGGAAUAUUUUCUCAUGUUAAGUUUUAGCCCAGAUGAUUCCUCACUCCUACUGCCAUUAUAAGUCUUGCAUCUUUAUUUCAGAUGGUUUUAGAACCUUUGUAUCAUGAUUAUUAUUAUUACAUUUUCAAGGAAUUGUAAAUACCCUUCUUUUAUACUCAUCAUAAUCCACAGGGGGCAGAAACAAAUUAUUUUCUUAUAUAAUAUGUUUCUGCCCCCUGUGUUAUAAUCAUAAGUUUUGUUUUCUUUUUUCUCAACAUUUUAACGUUGUGUAUUAUAAGUUAUUAGACGGUUUAAAUUUUUUAGUCUUUCAUUGUACAAUAAUUAUCUAAGUGUCUAAUAAUAAUUGUGAAAUUAUAUAUAAUUAUUGUGUAAUAUUUUUGACUAUAGAUUAAAGAUAUUUUGCUACAUGUUUGUUCGAUUUUUCUUGUUUGAUAUUAUAGUAUUCAGAGUCAUCUAUGCUGCUUUCCAGAAGACAUGCAGUGAGAUUUUAACUUGCUCCCUUUUAA